AAAAUCAUAACCUGGAUAAAUUUUGGGCCGGUGACAUCCUCGGAUUGCUGAGCAUCUUUUUAUCAUUGCACAGUGAUAAAAAUUUAUUGACGAAAGUGAAAUCCAGAAACACUCGUCAAAAUGACGAUUGGAAAAAAUAAUAAGAUGCUCCAGCAUAUAAAUUACCGAGUGAGGAUAAUCCUGCAGGAUAGCAGGACCUUCAUUGGUACAUUCAAGGCCUUCGACAAGCACAUGAACUUGAUCCUGGGUGACUGCGAGGAGUUCUGCAAAGUCAAGCCCAAAAAUACGAAGCAACCUGAGAAGGAGAAGAAGAGAGUCCUGGGUUUUGUUCUUCUGAGGGGUGAAAAUAUCGUAUCCCUGACGGUGGAGGGGCCUCCACCCCCCGAGGAGGGUCUUCCAAGAGUUCCUAUUCCAGGAGCAGCACCAGGUCCAGGAAUGGGUCGUGCUGCUGGAAGAGGAAUGCCAGCAAAUGUUGCUGGAGUGCCUGCGGGUCUCCAGGGGCCAGUGAGAGGUGUUGGAGGUCCUUCCCAACAGAUUAUGACACCAGCUGGAAGAGGGCAGGUAUCUGCACCACCUCAGAUGCAUCCUGGGGGUCCACCUAGGAUGCCUGUCAGUGGACCACCACCUGGAAUGAUGGGACCACCUCCUGGCAUGAUGGGAAUGCCACCAGGAAUGCCUCCAAUGGGACGUGGAGGGCCACCCAUGGGGCCUCCAGGCAUGAGGGGACCACCUCCAGGAAUGAUGAGAGGAGGGCCACCACCUCGUCCUUAUUAAUUAAAGAAAUCCACUCCUUUUAAGAUAAUUCAUGAUAAUUUGAGAAAAAUGAGAAACAAUAAAUUUUCUUACGUUGAUAACACCAAAUACACGAUAAAGAAUAAUAAAAACCACUGAGUUUGCAGUAA